GCAAUAUCGUGCCUGGUCAGGUGAACAUGACAGGAUUGCCUGUCACCCAUCCCUGAUGCGCACCUCUGGAUUUGCACCGCCCUUCAGGCCCCUGGAUUUCGUCGGGAGCAGCAGAUCUGCGUUUUCGACGACACCGCUACCGAAGACGGUAGUGCUCGAUGCAGCGUGGACAAACCUGUCGCCAUCAACAUCAACUCUCCGGUCAACUAUAAAAGAGCAGUCAAUACCGGUGGCGCCUUGUGGGCUCGGCGGCUGUGCACAGACGCAGACCGCUAAUCCAUUCACUCUUGUCAUGCAGGUUAGUAAAGCUUACAGUCUUUUUUCUAAGAAGUCUAGCAAUCGUUUCCUGCUUCAGCUGCCGAGCCCGCACUGCUGCCUUCUUGUCGCUCUUGAGUGUUCUGAUGUAAUUCGUGCUUUGUUGAUGAUGUCGGGUGAUGUCGAAAGCAACCCGGGCCCGGACUCCGAUGCUUUACUAGCUGAAUUGAAGAACUUGUCCGCUGGACAGUCGCAAUUAAUCAGUCAGGUUCAAGACCUGAAAACUCAUCUAGUGUCGACGGACAAAGCUAUUGCUGAUCAGGGCAGGCGCAUGACUGAUCUAGAGGGGCAUUAUCAAAAUCUUGUCUCCCUACGCUCUGACUUCGAAACCGUGAAAACGUGUACCGCUCAAGUGGCCACCGUGGUACAUAGGCUUGAAACGCGUAUUGAUGACGCCGAGAACCAGUCACGACGCAAUAAUCUUAUUUUUUAUGGCCUCCCUGAAUCAACUGGAUCAGAGACGUUUGCCCAGACCGAGCAACGUAUCAUCAAGCACUGCCAGGAUCAUUUGAAUAUUUGUAUCGAGCCGAAAGAAAUUGAGCGCGCACAUCGCCUCGGUCAUCGCACAGAUACUAACCGCCACCGUCCUAUCAUAGCGAAAUUCACCUUCCAUAAAACAAAAGAAUUGGUUCUUUCUAACGGCCGCAAGUUCAAAGGAACCAGCUUCAGCGUUGGAGAGGAUUUCUCUCGUUCCGUACAAAACGCUCGCCGGCAUCUCGUUACUUUCGCUAAAAGCAAAUCUUUACCUUUCUCUCUGCGAUUCAAAACACUGCAUAUGGGCCAUAAGCGCUACGUCUACGACGAGCAAACACAAUCUGUCAAAGAAAUAAUAUAG